GACUUUUUUUUUGCCUCCAUCUUGACGUCGCGCGCGGGAGAUGAGCGACACGGAGCUUCGCGUUUAAACAGAAAAAAAAACAAUUUUGUUGCUAAAACAAUCAAAGAGAAAAAAAUUAAACCACGAAUAUAUAAAGAAAAAAAAUUACAAUACACGAAACUCAACAGAGCGAUUCGACGAGCGUAGCGCUGACGGCCCGCAUCGCCCCUCCCUGCCCCGCGUAGGACGACUGCUAACCACCCUAGUGGCUUGCCAUUACCCUCGAGUCGUCAUGUCGAAGGACGCCAAAGCGAGCGAUGCUGAGGCUGGAGAGAAGGUGGCACCCCCUUCACAGCCGGAGAAGGCAGUGGAGACCGAGGUGAAGGAAGAGAAGCAUAAAAAAGAUACCGAGGAGGUGAAGACUGAUGAAAAGAAGGAGGUGAAACAAGACGAGAAAGAGUCUAAGAAAAAGGUGCAGGCGAAAAAGAAGGGGGAGAAAACGAAGAAGAAAGAGGAAGGGGAGGGGGAAUCGGACCAGGGUGAGGAGAGUUCAGAGGAAGAGCUAAAGUUGGGGCUACUGGAGCGGGACCCUGUGGUGAAGGAGGGGAAGCGAGAGAAGAAAAAGGUGGAGCGCCUCAGCUUCCAGGCGCCCAAGUCCAAGGCUGAAACGCACAAGAUAGAGGAGGGCACAGGAGAGCGGCUGGGUGAAAUCGAGAGGGUCAACUUUUUCAUGAAUAAAAUGAAGGCUGAUAUUCUGAAGCCACUGCACAAGGUUAUCUACAACCGUCCAGGCAAUCUUACAGAAGUCAAGAAGAACAUCCGUCAGUUUAAUGGCUUCUCCUUCUCCAAGGACAGCGAUAUAUACAAGCGCAAGGAGGACUCAAUCAAGAAGUACCACAAGGACGUGCUGAAGGCUAGCUUCUGUGAUGUGCUGGACUUAGAGAAGGGAGGAAACAAGGAUGAGGUCGUCGCGCGCAUAAUGGAAUUCCUGCUGCAGCCCAAGUCUUCUGGCAAGUCUCUGCCAAAGUCGAGCCACAAGCGGAAGAGCUCUGGACGGGGCUCAAGAGCUUCGCACUCGAAAAAAACUCCCGGGUCAGCUGGCGGCAAAAAGAAACGCAAGGUGGUAAAGAAAGAUGAUGAAGAGGUACCCUCAGAUUCCAACUCGAGCAAUGAUGAGGAAGAGGAGGAGGACGAAGAGGAGGAAGAAGAGAAGGAAGAAGGGGAUGCAGAGUCGAGUAAAGAUGAGGAGGAGGAGGAUGAGGCUGGAGAGGGGGAUGGGGACGAUGAAGAUGAGCCGGCCCCAGGCUCAAGCCGUAAGAAGGGGGGCGGCCGGGCUACCGGUGGAGCCAAGAAGGCUCAGGGUGGAAACAAGAAGGCUCGGGGAGGGGCUCGCAGAGUCAUCUCCAGUGACAGUUCAAGUGACGGCGAGGCCGAUGAAGAGGCCAAAGAGGAAGAGGAGGGAGAGGACACGUCCAGCCCAACCUUAAAGGAAAAGGAGUCCUCAAAAGGGAAGAGUCCGAAACAGAAGUCGCAGACGAAACGGAAGAGGGCCGACCUGAAAGCGUACGUGAAGAAGGCAGACAGCAGCACCAAUAAGAAAGCUGCAGCACCCCAGCCUAAGAAGAAGCCAGCGAGUGGCGCUGGUGAUGGUGCCAACUCAGACUGGUCCGACAGCUCGGACGACGAGCCCCUGAUCAAAAAGACAAAAAGGCCGCCGUCCGACGACGAUCUGCGUCAAGCCGUGCGCCUCCUCCUCGACGGAGCCGACUUGGAAAGCGUCACCAUGAAGCAUGUGUGCAAAGAGGUGUAUGCGAAAUUUCCUGACUUUGACCUCACGGAGAGGAAGGACCUCAUUAAACAGGCGGUGAAGGAGCUCAUUUCGUGAAGAUCAGCAGCGCACUCCUCCCCCAACGGGUAUGGCGUUUCUAUACCUCGGCAUUCCUGAGCCCCGGCCGGCAUUCCUGAACGUGGCUCUCGCAUCCUUCCCCACAGCCCUCAGCGGGCUGUUUUCACAACAGUCCUCGGUAUUGAUUUACUGUCAAUAAUCAAUGAGAUCUGGGGAGAAUAACACGCCAAUGAAAACGGGCAUACAAAAACAUGAGGUCUAGUUGUAAGUGGUGUUAGGGAUACAUAAAGGCCAAUCUUAAGGAACUUUAGGAUUACUUCCUAUCCAAUCCAAUGUCACAGAUGUAUAGUGAUUAAUUGUGGGGCAAAGUUUGACGUCAUAUUUGAUCAUCGGACAAGCCCAGUGUCCAUAAAGCCCUACUCGGAGCAAGUAUGGGUUCAUUUACUUUUGGGUUAUGAGACAAAAAUCGGGUAUAAUGUGUGUUUUUUAAGAUUAUCACAGUGUGGUAUAAAACAUUUUUCGUGAAAAAUUUGCAUAAAUUGAUGUUGAUUUUGUUUAUCGUUUAAUGGAAGGGAAGCCUGAAUGGUGUUUUGUAUAAUCUUGGUUGUUUCUACACAAAUAGGGAUUUAAACAUCUCACGCAUGGGUGAUUUUUAAAUAAAGUCAUAGAUAUUAUUUUUUAAGUAGUGAUUCUUCCAGUUAAGUCUGAGCAGGGGGUUGGGAGGGCUGGUGGAACCUUAUUUGUUACCAGUGAGACCUUUUUUUUAAUGUUUAUAAAAAUAUGAUUACCAUCAGAAUUAACAGGCGUCAUGACAGCAGCCAAUGGAGCUCCAAUCCCAUGUGGAAUUUUCUCAUCUGACCUUUAUUUUGUUACAGAGCACGUUCUUCAUGUGAAACACAUGCAUUACCUUUAUUGAAUACGUUUCACAUGACGAGAGCGCCUUUUAGACAUCCAUACUUCAGAAAUGUCAUUGUAUCUGGACAGUUUGUUUGAAAACCCAUCGUCUCGCUCCAAUUUGCCUGGUGGCUCAAGACAUCAGACCACUAAGCUGGGAAUCUUAAGAUUGCUGGGUUCAAAUCUGGGAAGCCUUUAAGUAUUUUUUUUUCAUGUAAGUUGUGCCAAACAGCAGGGCCAUUAAACUAAAUUCAUGUUGUGGCCACGAUAAAAGUUCGGCAUACACAGGAGAAUGCCUUUAACUAUCUAGACCUGUGUUCAACCAGUCGUGAAUUAUUACGACAUGCUCACACAGACUUUCAGCCCAUGGAAUGGAAAUAUGGUUGGCAAAGAUUGUUUGACUCCAGUUUAUCAAUUUGAGCUAUUGAAAAAUAUUGCUUGGUUCCAUGUAGCGUCAUUCAUCCAAAUUGCGUCUCACAGUUCCUAGAGAGCCAAAGACAAGCCAGAAAGCAGCCAGGUGGUGAGCCAGCACAAACAAUUACCCCCAAGCCCUACAAUCUUAAAAUGUUUUCAGCCCAUUAAUGAGUGUAUCUACAUGCGGGAAGAAACUGUAGCAGCUGGAGAAAACCCAUGUGCGAGGGAGCAACUGUCCCAUACAGAUGGAACAUGAUAUCAGUCUGCAUUGUGUGCUUGUCUUCUCCUGGCAAGCCAGAGUAUGGCUCCUCCUCUACUUCCCACGGGAAGAGAGAUUCACAAAUGGAAAUUGUAUAUUACAAUGCAAUUUCACUUAUUUUGAAAUGUCUAUUUCCCGAAGAUUACAAGUAAUUAUAACCCUUUACCAAUCCACUGCUGCAUAAAGGCUUUCCCACACUCUGUCACAGGGGAUGUUUGAACGUAAUUCACCGUUGUGCUCCGUGUACAUUGGUGAAGAGGGGGAGGGAGAGUUUCCAGGGCCAACGAAAAUAUCACUCGCCACUAAUAUUUAGCCGUGGCUGGGAUUUCAACUUGGGUCUCUCGGUUUACGGGACUCGUGCACCACCAAUCCACCUUGAAGAUAUAUAGGACGAAAAUAAAGGCGUUUUCUUUCAUGGAUGCCUCGCAGUAUUUAAACAUGCUUGGAUUUGUUGCAGAGACUCUGCAGACUCACUUGCAGCCGAUGUUAAAAGCUCAACUUGACACAAACUGCUAACGCUAAUUGACUCCCGUUUCCAUUUUGAGGUGAGAGCUCUUGAGCUAUGCUAAGUUAAUCCACUGCAGGGGAAGCUUAUCAGUAUGACCUCAGGGUGUCUCGCUUUAGCCGUCUACCCGCUCUAACUUUUCGCUGGAGGGAUGCAUGCCGGCAUGAGCCAACUCAAGUAUUUAGCCUGGGUUAGUGGUCACACGGUCAGGUUGAUAUAAUUGAAUCUGUGACAAGCGUCCCCAUGAUUAUCUUGCUGAUAACCAGAGCUCAAUAAGGUUUGUCUUUGUGAAUGUAGGCUGUUAUAAAUCGUAUACAUGUUUCAAUAGUGUCACAUAAAGCACACGAGGUUUUGUCCCACAAAAGUUUGAAAUUCAACUCUUAGAAUUGAUUGCAAAUAAGGGUGUCCCAAAAGCAAAUUCUGUCACGUCUGUGGGUUAUAUUUUGUAAUUUUUUUUACUCCGUUUUAACAGAUUAGCGUGUGUUUAGGCGCUAUCGAUGUUUCCACCUACUUUUUUUAUGAUGGGAGAUAUGAAAAGUGGGUGUGGUUUUGAGCCUGUGAAGGAAGGCGAGUCUGGAGGCUGUGGUGCAAGUUCUCACUUCCGCCUGCCCUAUUGGUGGUAAUGUUGAUGUAUUUGCGCAUGUUUUUAUCUAUUUUGUGUCCGUUUUCAAUAAAAUUUCUGAACUUAAA